GACGUUUCGGACUUCUACGUAUUAACUGUGUUUCAGAUUAUAGCCAGGCGACAAGAUGCAGGAAAUUCUCAUGUUUUUGCAAAAACAUUAAUACAGAUCAAAAUUUGACGUACCUACUACACACUAAACAAAACUAUGAAGUGGGAGGGCAUAGUUUUUACUUUUCUUUUAAUUUAUAGCAGCUCUUUUGGGUGCAUCUUCUUCCUCACGCCCCUCAUUCCAUUUGUUUACUUUCAACCACGUUUGGGAAGAUGGUUAAUGGAUCAGAUGAUAUGGUUAUGGCAGCUGUAUGCUGUGUUUCUUUAUGAGAAGAUUUGUGGUGUUAAAGCCGUGAUCUCUGGAGAUGCUGUUUAUGAUGAUGAAUGUGAACUUAUUAUAAUGAAUCACAGGACACGAUUUGAUUGGCUCUUUGUUUUCUCAUAUCAGAUCAGAUGUGGCUCUCUCAGACAUUUUAAAAUCAGUCUGAAGGAAAUUCUUAAAAAUGUUCCUGGUCCAGGAUGGGCCAUGCAGUGUGCAGGAUAUCUUUUCCUUCACAGAAAUUGGGAACAUGAUAAAAGUACAAUAUCAAAAUGUUUCAUGUACUUUAAAAAGUUAAACUACAAACCUCAGAUUCUGCUGUUUCCUGAAGGAACAGAUUUAACAGCAUGGACUAAAGCUAAGAGUGACAAGUUUGCCAAAGCUAAUGGUGUUGAGCCUUAUGAGUAUGUUUUACAUCCAAGGACCAGAGGAUUUAAAUAUUUUGUGGAACAAAUGAGAGAUGUUAACCUGUUUGAUUCAAUAAUAGAUGUCACAGUUGGAUACCCUAUAAAUAUACCACAAAAUGAGUCCGACAUUCUGAAGGGAAACUUUCCAAAAGAAGUUCAUUUCUUUAUCAAACGACACAAAGCUCUUGACAUUCCAUCUAGUGAAGAAAAUGUUGACAUGUGGUGCCAAAAAGUUUGGAAAGAAAAAGAAGAACGGUUAAAAAAAUUCUAUCAAGAUAAGAAAUUUCAUGUAAAAGAUAACAAAAUCAAACUUAAAGAUGAAAGUGAAAUUCAAUCUCUUUUCAAGUUUGCAAAUAUAUUUUGGAGUAUAUUUCAGAUAAGUACUUUUAUACUUCUGAUAUAUGCUCCAAUUAUACGCUGGUUUGCACUUUUAUCUAUAGGUAUAUUUGUGUUUAUCAGUAAAUUUGGUGGAAUUCAAGUUUUAUUAGAUAGUGAAUUAGAAAGUGCAAAGCACUAUAUGUAAGUUAAUUUUUGAAGUAAAAAUGCACAGUAUUUAUUAGUAUUGCAAAAUAUCAGUUUUUUCAAAACUCAUAGGGUAGCUAACAAUGUAAAAUAUUCUUUCAUGGUGGCAAUAUUAACAAAAAAAUCUUCACCUUUGUACACAAUUUUUUUAUACUUAAUUACACUUGUCUUGAAUUAUUUUAACAAACUAAAGAUACUGUAGACUGUAAAAUGAUUUAUUAUAAGAAAAGAUUCUAUUAUGUUAGUUAUAUAUGUUUAGAUUUUCAUAAGACAUACAUUGUAACACUUUAAUUAGUGCUUAAAGAUAGUACUUUGUUCAAAAUAAAUUAUAGUAUAGAAGAUUACAAAAUAUUGUAAAGAUGUUAGUUUAGAUUUUGUUAUUUUGCAGGAUUUGCAAAAUGUAAUUUGUUUACCAUGAAUGUAAUACACCUAUACAUAUCUUAAAUAAUUAUAUCAAUGAAAUAAUAUGUUUUAGAACCAUCAUAAUGAUUAACAUGGGUGAAUAUAUAAAACAUAAGCAGUUUUAUAGUUACCAUCUUAUAUUUAUUAUUUGUAAUCCAGUAAAUCAUGAAAUGAAGAAAAAUAAUAAAACAUCAAUUGUGCAAAUGCAAACUUCUUUAAUCAAAAUAAUGAUAGUCAUGAUCUAGGUGUAAAUAUUGUAAUUGAUAUGGUGUGUAAACAUUUUGCAGUUAUUAGUAAUUGUAUACAAUAAUGAAAGAGACGAUAAUUUAUGUUAUUUUAUAUAAAGUGGUCUAUUCAGAAAAUCUUGAUAAAUUGUGAAAAAACCCAAAUUGUAACCCAAAUAUAAUUUAAAAGUCCAUAUGACUGCAAUUUACAAUGUCUAUUUCUACAAACUCCUGGAUUAAUUUUAUUUUUCGUUCCCUCUUUCUUUGAAAAUAUAAUAAUAAGCUAAGUACCUAAUGUUUUAGCUAUUGGAGAGUUUAGUAUUUGCUAGUUUCUUGUUUUCCUAUUGGAGUGUUCUUGCUGUAUAUCUUUUUGUUAGUCUUUUAUUUAUGUGUGUGAGAGAGUUUGUCAUAUAUAUUAUUCAAGUUAUUUUUUUGAUUAUGUAUGAUUUAAUCCUGAUGUGUAUAAACUUUUAUUUUAAUGUUUAAUUUAAGUUUUGUAUAUAAUUAAUAUUAAGUUUCUAGAAUUUUCUUUAAAACAUUACACAAACUUUGAAGAAAUCUUUUUAAAAAAGUCCUGUAUAAGUAUUAAAGAUAGAAAAAAGCUACUUUACAAUGAAUAUAUCAGUAAUAUUUUAUUCUUUGUAUCGCUACAUUUUUUUGGUAAAAUACAUUUCAACAGCAGUAAGUUUACAAUAUGAAUAUUCAUUGAAGUUUAUUUCAUAAAGAAAGGGUAAUAUAUCAAUGUCAUUUCAAUGCUUUAGCCCUCUUGUUGAUAGCAUUACAUUUCGGCAUUUUUUUGGCUCACCAUGAUAAAAUUUUACAGAGACUUCAGUUAAGUGCUGCAAUUCAAUUGGGUAAGAUUUUUUUGCAUAAUUCAAAAUAAUAACCAAAGAUUUUUUUACAGUCCCAAUCCACUUGCAUUUGAAAAUUGCUUGAAAACUUUCUGAAUAAGCAGUAUCCAAAUGUUGUUUUUUAUUUGCUUAGUAUACUGUUUGGUGAUUUUUUUCACCAAUAGCCAUGAAGAUUAGUAUUCCCAACAGAGAAUUAAUGGAAGAUUUCAAGAGAAUAUGAUUGUUGGAUUGACAAUUUCUUUAUACAUAUUAUAAUGUAUGUAGAUUGAUCCCAAGAGUUAAACAUAUUUUAUGGAAGAAAGUUUUCAAGUUUGAAUUUGGAUACCCCCCACUCUACAAAUUGUCUGUUGCAAAAAGCUUUAAUCUAAAAAUAGCAUAAAAAACCAUAAUUUAUACUUAUGUUCACAUAGAUUUUAUUUUAUCCCUUAUUUAAGUACAAUGUAAAUUUGAAGUUCAAGCUUAUGAACACCUACCUAUGUUAUCAGGAAAAUGGCAUUUAUAGCAAAUUUAUGGGAUAUAUACAAUAUUGUCAUAUAUGCUUCAAAUAUUGAAAUUAAUUUAAAACUUUGUUAAAAAUUGUUUUGUGUUCAUAUUGUUAUAUAUAGUGAGUGUUAUUUCAUAUUCUGUGCAAAUGUAAUGUUUAGUGGUAUAGUUCAACUAAGAGCCAAAUUUGGCAUAUUUUUGUUUUGUAAUGAAAUUCACCAAACUAAUUAUGUUUUAUUUUUAAAUGACAAAUUUGUUAUAAAAUGAGUUUCAGACUUGUAUUCAAAUGAUUGAAGUAAACUAUUUGUGCUUAACAAAUAUUAACAAGAUUAUUUUCACAAUAAUUUAAAAAUGUUUAUACUAGAAUUCAAUAUUAAUAAGUCACUGUUUAAAAAUAUGAUUUCUCCCCUUCAACUCUUACAAAAAAGCUUUUUCAUGAAUUGUUUAUUUUCUAAAACCUUUUGUAAACAAAAAGUAACCACUAGUAAAUCAGCACUGCACUAUUAGCUUAAAGUGUCUGGUUAUUCUUAAAUCUAUUUAUUGUGUACAUGUGUUAUUUUUCUUAUCCAAGUGGCAAUAAUUAAAGUUGUGUUCAUUUUAUUUGUAGUAUACUCAUAGUUCCUAUAUCUUAUAUAUUCAGUUAAUAUUUAGAUUAGUUACUGAUCUGCUAGUACAGAGUUUUAGUUAUUUUUCCACUAUGAUUAUGAGAAUCAAGAUAUUCAUUCUACAAAUUAAGAAAGUUUUUAAUUGAAUAACAAAAAAGUGCUUUAAUUUGUAAUAAAAGGUUAAAAUAGGAAUAUAUAUGUGAUAAUUCUGCUUCAAUAUUUCUGUUUCAAUUUAAUUUUGGGUGGUUUUAACAUGUAGAACCAUAGUAAUUUUGACCAUAUUAAUCUUUAGGAAUUAUUGAAUUCUUUUACAGUGAGUUGACUAUAGGUGUUACUGUAAAACUUUACCUAUAGCUCAACCUGUUUUUAAAAUUGACAACACAAUAGGGACAUUUAAAUUGAUCAGUUGGUAUUGUUAGAUUUAAAUUUACCUUGAUGCUACCUGUAAAGAUUUUUAUUCACCUAACCCAAAGAGCUAUAGGUAAAGUUUUACAGUAACACCCAUAGUCAACUCACUGUAAUGGUUCAUUUCAAUUUUAAGGUUUUCUCAGGUAUUAUAAACAUUUGGUUGAAUGUAUUUGUCUUUGGAUGAUACAGGUGUAAUUGUUCAUCUGACCUUGACCUCGAUUGUAUGGAUCACUGAUAUUGUUAAGUUUAUAUGAUACUUGUAUUUAACCUUUAUUUUGGAUGUUCAAGACAAUUUUCAUUAAUAAUUAGUAAAGAAGGUGAGAGGUUUUAGCAGGUGCACUCUUAGUUAUUAUUGAUAUUUCUGGAGGUUAAAAGUAAAAUGAUGCUGAAGAGAGUUCAAAUCAUUAUAAUCCAGACUAUGAUAUUUAUUUCCUAAUAUAGGAUGGGUAAUGUCUUCUUUUGCUUAUCAUUAAAUUUUUUUGUAAUUGUCAUAAUAAUUAAUGCAUUCACCACUUGAAAAGCCAAUAAAAUGGAUAUUUCUA